GAUGCCGCCGCUCGCUCUGCAUCUGGCGCGGAGCAGGGGCCGGGGGCGGCCGGCCGGGGGUCCCUCGCUCCGCGGGCGCUCGCUGCCCUGGAGCCCCGCCUGGAUCUGCUGCUGGGCGCUCGCCGGCUGCCAGGCGGCCUGGGCUGGGGAUUUGCCCUCCGCCGCCAGCCGCCCGCUGCCUCCUUGCCAGGAGAAAGAUUACCACUUUGAAUACACUGAAUGUGAUAGCAGAGGCUCCAGGUGGAGAGUUGCCAUUCCGAAUUCUGCAGUGGACUGCUCUGGCCUGCCUGACCCAGUGAGAGGCAAAGAAUGCACUUUCUCAUGUGCUUCUGGAGAGUAUCUAGAAAUGAAGAACCAGGUAUGCAGCAAGUGUGCCGAAGGCACCUACUCGUUGGGCAGUGGCAUCAAAUUUGAUGAAUGGGAUGAAUUGCCAGCAGGAUUUUCCAACAUUGCAACAUUCAUGGACACUGUCGUGGGCCCUUCUGACACCAGGCCAGACAGCUGUAACAACUCUUCUUGGAUCCCUCGAGGAAACUACAUAGAAUCUAAUCGCGAUGACUGCACGGUGUCUCUGAUUUAUGCUGUGCACCUUAAAAAGUCAGGCUAUGUCUUCUUUGAGUACCAGUAUGUGGACAACAACAUCUUCUUUGAGUUCUUUAUUCAAAAUGACCAGUGCCAGGAGAUGGAUGCCACCACGGACAAGUGGGUAAAACUCACAGACAAUGGAGAAUGGGGGUCUCAUUCUGUAAUGCUGAAAUCUGGCACAAACAUACUCUACUGGAGAACAACAGGCAUCCUCAUGGGUUCUAAGGCAGUCAAGCCUGUAUUGGUAAAAAAUAUCACAAUUGAAGGGGUGGCAUAUACAUCGGAGUGUUUUCCAUGCAAGCCAGGUACUUUCAGCAACAAACCAGGUUCGUUCAACUGCCAAGUAUGUCCCAGAAACACCUAUUCUGAGAAAGGUGCAAAAGAAUGCAUAAGAUGUAAGGAGGACUCCCAGUUUUCAGAAGAAGGAGCCAGUGAGUGUGUAGAGCGCCCUCCCUGCACGACAAAAGACUAUUUCCAGAUCCAUACUCCAUGUGAUGAAGAAGGAAAGACACAGAUAAUGUACAAGUGGAUAGAGCCCAAAAUCUGCCGGGAGGAUGUUACAGAUGCUAUUAGAUUGCCCCCUUCUGGAGAGAAGAAGGAUUGUCCACCUUGCAACCCUGGAUUUUAUAACAAUGGAUCAUCUUCUUGCCAUCCCUGUGCUCCUGGGACAUUUUCAGAUGGAACAAAGGAAUGUCAACCAUGUCCAGCAGGAACAGAGCCAGCACUCGGGUUUGAAUAUAAAUGGUGGAAUGUCCUUCCUAGCAACAUGAAGACCUCCUGCUUUAAUGUUGGGAAUUCUAAGUGUGAUGGAAUGAAUGGUUGGGAGGUAGCUGGAGAUCACAUCCAGAGUGGAGCUGGUGGUUCUGAUAAUGAUUACUUGAUCUUAAAUUUGCAUAUUCCAGGAUUUAAGCCACCAACUUCUGUGACGGGAGCCACAGGUUCUGAACUAGGAAGAGUAACAUUUGUCUUUGAGACUCUCUGUUCGGCCGAUUGUGUUCUGUAUUUCAUGGUGGAUAUUAAUAGAAAAAGUACCAAUGUAGUGGAGUCAUGGGGUGGAACCAAAGAGAAGCAAGCAUAUACUCACAUCAUCUUCAAGAAUGCAACAUUUACAUUUACAUGGGCAUUCCAGAGAACGAAUCAAGGCCAAGAUAAUAGACGGUUCAUCAAUGACAUGGUGAAGAUUUAUUCUAUCACAACCACGAAUGCAGUUGAUGGGGUGGCCUCUUCAUGCCAUGCCUGUGCCCUUGGUUCUGAACAAUUGGGUUCAUCGUGUGUCCCCUGCCCCCCAGGCCACUAUAUUGAGAAAGAAACAAACCAGUGCAAAGAGUGCCCACCUGAUACAUACCUGUCCAUACAUCAGGUCUAUGGCAAGGAAGCUUGUAUUCCCUGUGGGCCUGGAAGUAAAAGCACUCAGGACCACUCAGUUUGCUACAGUGACUGCUUUUUCUAUCAUGAAAAAGAGAACCAGAGUUUGCACUAUGACUUCAGCAACCUCAGCAGUGUGGGCUCGUUAAUGAAUGGUCCCAGCUUCACCUCCAAAGGAACAAAAUACUUCCAUUUCUUCAAUAUCAGUUUAUGUGGGCAUGAGGGGAAGAAGAUGGCGCUCUGUACCAAUAACAUAUCUGACUUUACUGUAAAGGAAAUGGUUACAGGGUCAGAUGAUUACAUAAAUUUGGUAGGAGCAUUUGUAUGCCAGUCGACUAUUAUUCCAUCUGAAAGUAAGGGUUUCCGAGCAGCUUUAUCAUCUCAAUCCAUAAUUCUGGCAGAUACCUUUUUAGGAGUGACUGUUGAAACCACUUUGCAACACAUUAAUAUAAGAGAAGAUAUGUUUCCAGCUUCACCAAGCCAAAUACCAGAUGUGAAUUUCUUUUAUAGGUCUUCCACAACUACAACAUCUUGCAUUAAUGGUCGGUCAACUGCUGUGAAAAUGAGGUGUAAUCCUGCUAAAUCUGGAGCGGGUCUGAUUUCAGUUCCCAGCAAAUGUCCAGCAGGAACCUGUGAUGGAUGUACAUUCUACUUCCUGUGGGAAAGUGUUGAAGCAUGCCCUCUGUGUACAGAACAUGACUUUCAUGAGAUUGAAGGAGCCUGUAAGAGAGGAUUUCAGGAAACCCUAUAUGUAUGGAAUGAACCUAAAUGGUGCACCAAAGGCAUUGCUUUGCCUGAGAAAAAGUUGUCCACAUGUGAAACAGUUGACUUUUGGCUCAAAGUGGGAGCAGGUGUGGGAGCUUUCACAGCUGUUUUGCUGGUGGCUCUCACUUGCUACUUCUGGAAAAAGAAUCAGAAACUGGAGUACAAAUAUUCCAAACUAAUUAUGACAACUAAUUCAAAAGAAUGUGAGCUCCCAGCUGCAGACAGUUGUGCUAUUAUGGAAGGAGAAGAUAAUGAAGAAGAAAUUGUAUAUUCUAAUAAACAGUCACUAUUGAGAAAACUGAAAUCUUUGGCAACAAAGGAUAAAGAAGAUCAUUUUGAAUCUGUUCAACUGAAAUCCUCAAGAUCUCCUAAUAUAUGAAGACAAGUGCUGUAGACUUCAGACUCAGAGAAUAGAGAAACCUGCUCUCUGGUUUCACUGGACCAUAUGUUAGGGCUUGUCCUGACACCUGUCAUGUUGGUGAUCACAAAGAGGCCAUGAUGCUGCAAAGGGCAGGAGGUAGAGAUAUUGAUUGCCUUAUCCCAUGGUCGAGUACCUUGCCAAAUAAGGGCAAACAGAUGAUUUGGGUCUCAACUGAAGAUGUAGCUUUACUCAGGAAGAGAUUUGUCUGUAUAUACACAUGACUGAAAACCCAGUUCAAGCCCACCAGUGCGCUGCUGAUGCAUGCCAUAUAAUUUAUGGGUAACUUUUAUUCUUUAUCCUGUCUACCGAAAAGAAGUGUGUUUUGGAGGGCAGAUGUGAGCAUAUGCCUUGUGAUUCCAUUUAUGUCUUGUCUUUG